UCGAGCUUUACAGUCCGCUAAGAGCUAUGGCCUAUACGCAAUAAUGUCAAAGCAUUAGGCGCAUCGCGCCAUACACUUUUUAGUUUCAAUUUAUAUUAACAUCUGUCUUAGUCUUUACAAUGAUUUUAGUUGCGUGAAUUGUGACCGUGUUUAUUCUCGGACUAUAGUAAACAACUUAUUUCGUAAGAUGUAUACAUUACUUAUGUAAUUAAAUGAACAAAAAAUGUUGUGUUGAUGGUGGUGAUGGAAUCCUUCGAAGACUCAAAUUGUCCUUCGUUGAGCGAUAGUUUAUCUUUGUAUGAGCGGUAUAUGAGAAGUUUUAACGUUGUUAAUAGCUUUAACGAUAACAAUAAAGAAAUCAAUGAACCAUCUAGUAACUGUGAAAGUUCUAAUAGUGGUGGUAAUAUAGAUCUUUCAACUGUAAUACAAUCAAAUUUAUCAAAUCAUAUUGAUGUAAAUUCAGUAAAACCAGAAUAUAGUCCAAUACAGACUAUUUUGGACGAUGUGGAUAAGGUCUCUGAUCCAGACAUAGUUAAAGUUGGGUCGCCUUGCAAUUCACUUGCCGCGUCUCUGACGGAAACUUCUUCCGCAACAAACCCUUGUUUGAAUGAUAAGUCUGACAAUACAGACGUUCCUGUAUCCUCUGAAGAGUCCAAAUUUGAAGGAUUCAGAUCAGUUUUUAUAACCUCUACAAUGGAAAACAGUAACAAUGCGGUGGAUAGUGUACCUUUGUUUCGUGACGUAAAACAAACCGAAAGUGUUUUUAAAUUACCAAUUUGUGAAUUAUCAUUUAAUGGUACUAUACUAAAACAUGUUCAGAAACUUAAACCUAUAGUUGAUCCAUUAACUGCUUUAAGCAUGUCAAAUAAUGUUCUUAAUUUAAAUUACGAGCGAUGCACAGAUGUAAUAUCAAAUUGUUGCAAAAAUGAGUCUAGUGUUGAUAGAAAAUCACAAAUAUCAAGUGAUAUGGAAGACAAAAACUCAAAUGAAUCUGUUAAAAACUUAAAUCCCACUGAGAGUAGUGAGAGCUCAUGUGGAGAGGAUAGUUCAAAGAAGGAACAGACUAAUAAUGAUGGAAAUUCUAAGUGGAACUUGGACCACAGUUAUUCAUCCCUGGAGGCAUCCUUUGAUAGUGGGAUGCGCUCUCCUGACAUGUUUUCAGAUGAAGAUGAACCUGAACCGAGUCCACCGCCUGAACCAUUUUGGAACUUUUUAAAAGAUUUUGAGCAAUAUGAUAAACGAAAAGUUAGAAAGAUAGAGGAAACAUUACAAGGCGUACUACCACCUCCAUCUGUAACGACACUUAAGACUGAUGUGACUGAAAUGUUGAAGAAAUAUUACUGUUUUCUGCCAGCUUUCAAUGGGGAGGAGAAUCUUAAUAUUGAAGCUAAUUCUAUGACACCCACAAAAAAGGUUUCAUUUGUACAAAUACCGGAGACAACAAAUGUACACAGUUUUUCAGAAACUGUACAUUUGGAUAAGACUGAUACGAGUUCAAUACAGCCAGAUGUUUUGCAAAAAUCUCAAGCUAACACUAGUAUCAGCGAUAAGAGCAUAGAGAUAAAAAUGUGUUCGGAAAUUGAGGUUUUAGAAGCAUCGUGGCCGGAUGUGUUGAAAUGCAAAUACUAUGAUGUUUACUACAAUCUAACCUCCCACUCGGAAAAAUAUGAGAUGCUCAUGCAAAAGUAUGCGGAAAGGUUCAUUGGUGCUGAAACUGAUACGAGCGUCAAUAUAUACUCUGGAGGAUUACAGUCACCAAGUAGUGCUUGCAAAAGGAAAGCGCUGAGAUUGAAGAUGUCUCAAGUCAAAUCUCCCGGUCGGAGGCUGUCUCACUUAGCACGUCGUCGGCAGGCCUUUUGCAGCGCGGCCACUAUCAAUGAGAAGGCACAGACGUCUUCCAAAAUGGUGUUAAUUGAUAAAAAUUUCUUUCCACAUAGAAAACUAAUCAACUCUGCGGAGAGGAAAAGUCCUAGAACCCGUCGCACACCAGGUAAGAAGACCCCCGGGAAGAAGACGCCGUCGAAGACACCAAAGACAAAGAGCGGAGGAUCCAGUAAGAAGAAAGCGAUGCGGCGUCUUCUCAUGGAUUCGGAUCUGUCGAAGACUCAACCGUCCAGGGAUACGCUGAAACGAGCUUUAUUCAUCAGCCCGGAUAACAAAAAGCCCGUCGCCACAUGUUCCUCCGUCCCAAAUCAGGCUUUGAAAUCCAAACGAGCGUUAUUCGGAUCGCCGGUGAGGCAAGCGGAAACCAAGAGCCUGGAUGGAACAGCCAGCGAUCAGUUCCUGAAGCGGAAAAGAGAUACGCUGGAUGAUGAACCGGAAACCAGUAGGAACAAGAUAGCGAAGAGUCUCUCGUUCGGUGGGGACAGUCGACUGUCGUUCAGUUCAGAAAAUAGAUUGACGUUUGGCGUUGAAAACCGAAGGGCGUCAGAGUGUUUGACGACGAAAACUAUGGCUGAACUUAACGAAACACAUAAGAAGAAACUUCUUUGGGCCGUCACCGAAGCCCUACGUCUCCACGGCUGGCGCAUGUCGUCCCCGGGUUUCCGUGAGAAAGCUUCAUCCCUGGCUCGCCUGACACGCAAGCUGUUGACUCUUCCGCCUCACGCGGCUCGGCUUGCAGCACCCAAUCUGUCGACUUCUGAUACUAUGUUUAAGUUAGCUCGCCAAUAUGUAUUUGCAAUAAUCCAAGGCCGUACAGUCGAUGAAUGCUAUCAAGAUGAGGUCGUCAAAAUCUCUAACGAGAAUAACAAGAUAACUGGCUACAUAUCAGCCACGGCCUACCAACAGAUGAAGACGAAACAAGUUCCGUCGACGCUGACCUCGCAGAUCAAAGAAAACACUUUUGGGGAAAGGUCAACUAAACUGGAACAGCCUAGGAGCACCUCCAAGAAUAUACUACAAGACAAAUGGAUGAAUAUAGACUGUAAUUCAAACUCAAAUAGCAACAGCAGUGGUAGUUUUAGUGUUCUAGAUAAGGCUGGAGUUUUCAAGUCCAAUUCGAUGCCUUCAUUCGAAGAAGCAGCCAAGAUGAGGGCUAGGAGACAAAUCAGUUUUGAUAAUGUAGAUUUUCCAAAGAGGUGAUGUGCUUAUCCCAUGUGAUAAUGUCUUGGAUAUAGAAUUCUGUUACAAAUUGCUAUACAUAAAUUUAAUUUUGACUGGGCUCUGUUAUAAUUUAUUUAACAUGUUCUGAAUUGAUAGCUGUUUUUAUUGUGUAACGACUCGAUUUAAUUUGGCAAGCAUUUUAUGGAUGGCGGUAAUAGUCAGUAUAACAUUCGUGAGCUCUUCCAUUGUGUUGAAUAAUUUAUAAUAAAUAUUUUAUUUUGUUACUAAGCAUGACACUGUAGUAAAUUUAGCUCACAGAUUAUAUGCUGAUUUAACUCAAACAUUACAUUUAACAUGUUUCAUAGCGUAGAGGUUGUGUGUAUUAUAAUUUGACAUUAGUAACUUGAUUUAUAUCACAGUACUGCGGUUAUUUUUCAUCUGUAGUGGAAUUUGUGUAUACGCUGGUUGUAUAAAUUGAUAUAGCAUACUAACCUUAACCUUUAGUUUGUAAUAUAUAUAUGGAGAAUGAAAUUAUUGUUAUUGAUAUUACAUUUAUAAUUCUCAGAGAUAACUUCUGGAAUGUCAAGUGAUGAGUUGAUUGUAUGUGUGCGUGAGUGCUAAGUCAAUGUAUUAUAAAUGUCACUGUAUGUGUUAGUGGAAUGCGUUUAUUGUGUGGACUCUAGUAUGUAACUAUUUUAAUAUGUUACUUUCACGGAGCCUGAUCUCAGGUGAUUUUAUAAAAAAUAAAUUAUUCCUCAAAA